AUGGUUUGGAAUCAUAGUGCAUGCAGUACUACAACGGGAGCUGCGCCGCAACUCUUUUCAACAGCUUUGAACUUUUUCGCAGCGACACAGUGUUUUGUCGGAGAUACUAACUAUAAUAAAAACAAAGGUUCAUCAAAUCGGGACACAUUUGACUUUAUAAUUGUUGGUGGAGGUACUGCUGGCUGUGUAGUAGCAAACAGACUCAGCGAAAUACGAGGUUGGAAUGUAUUGGUUCUUGAAGCUGGACUUGAGCCACCGAUUGAAUCUGAUAUACCAGAUAUGGAGUUUGCUAUGCAUAGAACCAAAUACGACUGGCAGUAUGUCACAAUAAAUGACGGUUUUAGACAUCAAGGAUUAAAGGAUGGUGUAGUGCAAUGGACUAGAGGAAAAAUGCUCGGUGGAUAUGCAGAACUAGCUGAAAGACUUUUAGAUUCAUGGGAGCAUCUCGGAAUGAAAAGAGUACCUGAUAUAAACGCAGCCGAAUUCGAAGGUUAUGGAUUAUGUGCCAUAUCAAGAGCGAAUGCUGCAAAUGGUAUAAGACAAAGUCUAGAUUCAUUUGAUUUCAUAAUUAUCGGAGGAGGCUCCGCUGGUAGUGUUGUGGCAAACAGACUCAGUGAAAUAAGUCAUUGGAAUGUAUUGCUUCUUGAAGCCGGACCCGAGCCACCCAUGGAAUCUGAUAUACCAUACAUGGACGGCGAAUUGUACCAAAGCCAAUAUGAUUGGCUAUAUGUAACAAAAGUGUUCCAUCCCAUAAGUACAGCAAAAAUGGGUCCAGAUGCUAGAGAUUCAGUUGUAAACAAUUUCCUAAAGGUGCAUGGUGUUGAAAAACUACGUGUAAUAGAUGCCAGCAUAAUGCCAUUACAAACAAGUGGCAAUACUAAUGCACCCACUAUUAUGAUUGGAGAAAUGGGAUCUGAUAUGAUUAAGACUGAGAAUCAUAAUGAUUGUACCACUACAACGGGAGCAGCGCCUCAACUUUUUACGACAGCUUUGAACUUCCUGGCAGCAACACAGUGCUAUGUGCCAGACUCAAACUAUCCAAACGAAGUAGAAUCAAGUCUAGAUUCAUUUGAUUUCAUAGUUAUAGGAGGAGGCUCCGCUGGUAGUGUUGUGGCAAACAGACUCAGUGAAAUAAGUCAUUGGAAUGUAUUGCUUCUUGAAGCUGGACCCGAGCCACCCUUGGAAUCUGAUAUUCCACACAUGGACGGUGCAUUGUACGAAAGCAAGUACGACUGGCAGUAUGUAACAAAAUGUGAUGGUAUCAGACAUCAGGGCUUAAAAGGUGGUGCAGUCAAAUGGCCUAGAGGCAAAAUGCUCGGUGGUUGUAGUUCUAUAAAUGCAAUGUUCUACGUUAGAGGAAACGAUCAUGAUUUUCAGGCUUGGGUUGAUGAAGGAAACCCUAGCUGGUCACCGGAAAAUGUGAAUUCAUAUUUCAGAAAAGCUGAAAAUUUUCAAGAUAUGGAACUUAGCCAAGAUUUUGAUAUAUAUAACACUUAUGGACAUGAUGGACCACUGGUAAUAAAUACAUUUAAUACAUCGUAUACAGAACUAGCUGAAAACAUUUUAGACUCAUGGAAUGAUAUUGGCGUUACAAAAGUACCUGAUAUAAACGCAGCCAAAUAUCAAGGUUAUGGAUUUUGUUCAAUAUCAAGGGCAACUGCGGCUAAUGGACAAAGACAAAGUACUUACAGAGCUUAUUUAAAAACUGCAACCAACCGACAUAAUCUGAAAGUUUUAACGAACGCUUUUGUUACAAGGAUUUUAAUUGAUGAUGAUGCACAAGCCUACGGUGUAGAGGUUGACGUAAAUGGAAAACGAAAAUCGUUUAUUGCUACUAUUGAAGUAAUCCUUAGUGCUGGAUCUAUAAAUACUCCCCAACUAUUAAUGUUAUCAGGAAUCGGCCCUGCUGAUCAUCUAUUAUCCAAGAAUAUUUCUUGUAAGGUUAAUUUACCAUAUGUCGGACAUAACUUACAGGAUCACCCAUAUGUUCCUAUUCUAAUUUACGGUGAUGAACCAGGCCCGGAAGACAUACAGAAGCAAAUGUUCGACGUUUUGAAUUACUUACAUAAUAAAACUGGAUAUUUAGCUCAUUCCAGUGUAAUAAAUUUAAGUGCCUUUUUUUCUGGACACGAAGAUUUGAGUUAUCCUGAAUUUCAAAGUCAUCUUUUAAUAUUUAGCGCAAAUUCAUCUACUGCGAAACCAUAUCUAUCUAUUUUUAAAGACUAUGUACUAAAUUCUUUAAUACGAUAUCAUUCGGACAAAGCACUUUACAUUUUUGCAUUUCAUUUGUUACAUCCCUUAUCAAGAGGCAUAAUAUAUUUAAAUACUUCAGAUCCUUACGAUCAUCCAAUCAUAGAUGCCAAUUAUUAUGGUGACUACAGAGAUCUUAAAAGAUCAGUUGAUGGAAUUAAGAUGUUAAGUAGUUUAGUGAACACUCCCUUUUUCAAAUCUAUUAACGCUUUUAUUCCUAGAGUAAAUUUGUCACAAUGCAAUGAUUCUGAAUUCUUGAGUGAUCUUUAUUGGGAAUGUUACGCAACACAUAUGACUCACACAGUGUUCCAUCCAAUAAGCACAGCCAAAAUGGGUCCAGAUCCUAAAGACUCUGUUGUAAAUAAUUUUCUAAAGGUGCAUGGUGUUGAAAAACUACGUGUAAUAGACGCCAGCAUAAUGCCAUUACAAACAAGUGGCAAUACUAAUGCACCCGCUAUAAUGAUUGGAGAAAUGGGAUCCGAUAUGAUUAAGACUGAGUACUUUUCUAAGUAAUAAAAAAAAUACACUUAUAAUAUUUUAUUUAAGAGUUUUAAUUUGUUAUUCUUAUUUUGUAUAAUUUGUAUAAAGACUAUUCAAUUUUUGAUCCUACCAUCGCUUUGCUAUAAGCCGUAAGGUAAGAAAGGAUAAGGUAGGUAUCAUGUGAAGUAUGAUAAAGUUAUGGUGCUUAAUAAAUUUUAGAGAUACCUCUAAAUCACAAGAUGACAUAAAAUAAUUAUUUAAAAAAAAUUCAACCAACUUCAAAACAUUAACGUACCCACAAAACUAAAAAGAGAAAAAUAACGUUACAAUAUUUUCUACCUACUUUUACUUGUCACUUUGAAGGUGUCAAGCCAGUGAUCUAUUAAUUCAACGUAUACCCAUAAAUAGGUAUGUUUAAAUAUACCGAAUGUCCCGUAAUUAAUGGAUAAAACGCAAAUGGUAGAUACACCACCUAUUUAUCUAAAACUAAUUUGAAUAGUUUUCCAAUAAUAAUCCCUAGGGUGUCCAAAGGGUGACCAUCAAUAUAAAUUUUAUUCGGAUCUUUCAAAGUUUUCUAUCUUGAAUCAGUUUUUUCAAUGCUGUAGCUGCUGGAAUUAGGAUUUUAAAGAUCUGAUUUUUUUUAAAACAUUACGGAUUAAAUUUCCAAUGUACAAUAAUACUACUUUUGUAUUUGUUUUGUACAAAAGCUUCGAAAGUAAUUAUUAUUUUUCUUUCAUUAAGAUGACCCGAUUAAAAAAAAUUGUCCUGUAAAAAAAUGUACAGAGCUGAAGUAUACCAUCAUUUCCAAAACUUGUACACUUAUCGAGGUUUAUAAAUUAGUAUAGAACUUGUGUCUACUCUUUGUAGUUACAAUGUUGCUGGUAAAUAUGUAUGGGAGGUGCUGAAUUUUCAAUACAAGAAAAACAUUUUAAGGCGUGAAGUUCCAACUUUUUACUUGUUAAAAUAAACUA